GGACUGAUGUGUGUCAGGAGAAGUGCAGGAAUCUGUCGGUAACGUUUGUGUUCAGCGGCGGUUUUCUGGUUUCGAAAAUGGACACGCUGAAUAAGCUGAAGCAGUUUGACGCUUAUCCCAAAACUCUGGAGGAUUUCCGAGUGAAGACGUGGGGAGGAGCGACCGUAACGAUCAUCAGCGGCAUCAUCAUGUUAAUCCUGUUUGUCUCCGAGCUGCAGUACUAUCUCACUAAAGAGGUUCACCCUGAGCUGUACGUCGACACGUCUCGAGGAGACAAACUGAAAAUCAACAUCGACGUUGUUUUCCCUCACAUGCCCUGCGCCUAUCUCAGUAUAGACGCGAUGGACGUGGCCGGUGAGCAGCAGUUGGACGUUGAACACAAUCUGUUCAAACAGCGGCUGGACAAAGACCUGAAACCUGUCACCCUGGAGGCAGAAAAACACGAACUUGGCAUGGCAGACGAUGGUGAAGUGUUUGACCCCAGUUCACUGGACCCAAACAGAUGUGAGAGCUGCUAUGGAGCUGAGACCGAAGAACUCAAAUGCUGUAACACCUGUGAUGAUGUGCGGGAGGCGUACCGGCGGCGAGGCUGGGCGUUCAAGAGCGCCGACACCAUCGAGCAGUGUAAGAGGGAGGGCUUCACGCAGAAGAUGCAGGAGCAGAAAAACGAAGGCUGCCAGGUUUACGGCUUCCUGGAGGUCAACAAGGUUGCCGGAAAUUUCCAUUUUGCUCCCGGAAAAAGUUUCCAGCAGUCUCACGUCCACGUGCACGCUGUGGAAAUUCACGACCUGCAGAGUUUCGGCUUGGACAACAUAAACAUGACCCAUCUGAUAAAACACCUGUCGUUUGGUAAAGAUUACCCCGGCAUCGUUAACCCUCUGGAUGAGACAGACGUCACAGCGCCACAAGCAUCAAUGAUGUACCAGUAUUUUGUGAAAAUAGUUCCGACCAUCUACGUAAAAACUGAUGGAGAGGUGGUAAAAACGAACCAGUUCUCAGUCACUCGGCACGAGAAAGUGGCCAACGGGUUAAUAGGAGACCAGGGGCUGCCGGGCGUAUUUGUUUUAUAUGAGCUGUCGCCCAUGAUGGUUAAAUUCACAGAGAAACACAGAUCAUUCACGCACUUUUUAACAGGAGUUUGUGCCAUUAUUGGAGGUGUAUUUACAGUGGCCGGUCUGAUCGACUCGCUCAUCUACCACUCGGCUCGGGUCAUCCAGAAGAAGAUAGAGCUGGGCAAGGCCUCCCUAACAGUGCCCCCCGCUGGCCUCCACGGUGCAACACAGACCAAGACACGGACACAGACAGAAGAGGAACGGACUGACAGAGGGAGAAAUUUGGAAACAGAAUCAAGUUUGUUUUCCUUCUUCUGUCAGACUGAGACAGAGUCAGAAUCAGACAUCGACCAGAGACUUUUUGUGAUGGAGCUCGAGCAGAGAGGAUCAGCCUCCGAAAGCUUCUUUGUGGAAAACGGGAACGUCUCUCUCUCCCUGCUGUUUGCAUCCUGCUUCAGUGUCGCUCAGCGCUCACAUCGCCACACUGAAGCUCGCUGGAUGAUCCGUGGACGAGUCUUUGUUCCAGAGGAGGUUUUUGCGGUCCAUGAACGCAACGCAGCCAGAGCUCUCUAUGAGUUCUUUUUUUCCUCAGCAGCAGUUUGUAACUCGUAG